UUAGUGAUUUGAUUUGAUUUGAUUGAUCGAUAGAUUCCCACUCUUCCCUCUUCUUUUCUCCCUCUCUCUCUUCUGAUCACACUCAUAGUCAGUAGUCACAACCUGAACCCAAAAUUUCAAUUUCAAUUUCAAAAUCGACGGAAAAACAUGGGAAUGGCAACUCCUCGCCGGGAGGUUCUUCUCCCGCAAUCAGUGGAGACGGAGAUUCAAAGAAUCUGCAGGGAAAAGGAUGUGGAUCCUCUCAGGGCGUACACGAGAGUGAUGCUUGCGGAAAUGGGGGAGCAGAAUGCUCUUAAUAUGCUACAGAAGAUAAUGUUAAGCCCCAGGCUUCGGAGCUUCAGCGGCUUCGUCAGGCAGUUGACGAUAACAGAGUACCCGGCCAUAGCUGAAGCUGUGUUCGACGAGUUCGGUUACGAUUCUCCUUGGAGGCAGAAUAUGCAAUCGUCUUCUCCUUGUUCUCCGCAGAAUCUUAAUGGUGAAAGUCUGCGGUCUCCCAAGUCAGGUGGUUCGGCGCCCUCACGGUUGUCCGGCUUGGAUGGGCAAAUUCCUCAAAGUGUCAGUCGUCAGCUAUCUUAUGGUGAUGAAUCUCAAGAGAAAAGAAGGGCUGAUGUUAGCAGUCAAUCAUCACAAAACGGCAAAGUUAGAAGCACGACUGAGCCAAUGAAGAACAGUAGGCAGCUGAUGGUUUUGAGCGAACUCGAAUUUAGAAAAUUAUUUAUGGUUCUAAGCUACAUUGGGAGGAAAAGUUUGGAAGAUGUGGUUUCCGUAGAUGAAGCUGAAGAAAUAUUUAAAAUGAAAGAUCUCCCAAUGAGAAAUUUUGAGUCCAUAAUUUGGGAUAAAUAUGGUCAGAAGUUCUGUCAGAAGGAAGAUCGUUGCCAGUUUCUUGAUUGGGAUUCAAGGAAGACCCAUCUCUACUACUGCCAUUUCUUCCCUGAUAGAAGUUACUACCUCAGGGGUCCUUAUCUAAAUAGUUCAAGAACUCACUUACAGAAAUCAUUAGGUGACGAUAAUGUAUUAAUGGUGAAGUUUACAGAGGGUGGUGCAUAUGACACUAACAACAUUGUUGAAGAAGGCAUUUUUGUUGGUCUGAGGCAAUAUCGAUUUUUUGUGUUCAAAGAAGGGCACAAGAAGGCAAAGAAGAACCAGACGGAGGAUAAAAAAGCUCCUUACUCUUCUGGGUGCUACUUUAUUCAUCUCAACUCUGAGAAAUCAAUUAGUGAAGCAAGGCGCAUGUUCAUGCACGUUCACACUCUCCCCAGUUUAGCAAAAUACAUGGCCAGAUUCUCACUUAUCCUUUCAAAGACAAUAACGGUUGAUGUGGAUUUUGCUGCUGUUUUGAUUGAAAGAAUAGAGGAUAUUCCUUUCAAGGACAAAAAUGGAACUCCUAUUCCCGAUGAUGAUGGGAGUCCAAUUUUGCACACAGAUGGUACGGGAUAUAUAUCUGAAGACUUGGCAAUGAAGUGCCCAAAAUAUUUUACCAGGGCAAAGAAUGUCUCUGAUAAUCAUUUUGAGAAAUUCUCUGUUGAGCUUGAAAACAUAAACAGUAGAAGAGGAGAGGAGACCAGGGAUAAGUAUCCGCCUUUACUUAUGCAGAUGCGUUUGUUCCAUGAUGGUUGUGCUGUCAAAGGAACCCUUCUGCUCAACAGGAAGCUUAAACCAGGAACAAUUCAGAUUCGUCCAUCCAUGAUAAAGGUUGAACAGGACCGUUUAUUGCCAAUGGGAAAACAAUUUUCUGCACUGGAGAUUGUCAACAUAAGCUCUAGACCUGGAAAAAGUUUUCUAUCAAAGAAUUUGAUUGCUCUUUUAAGUUAUGGAGGAGUUCCUCAAGAGGUCUUCCUGAAUUUGCUGACGGAAGUAUUGGAAGAGACUCAAAAUGUAUACACUGAUAGGAAAGCAGCUCUGAGAGCUGCCUCCAACAGCGACUCAAUAGGUUUUGUGCCACUGCGAUUGAUUUCUUGUGGUAUACCUCUUGACGAACCCUAUCUUCAACACUGUUUGUCAAUAAUUAAAGGUAUAGAGAAAACCAAACUCAAAGAAGGGAAGAUUCCAAUCAGUGAAAGCUUUUACGUGAUGGGGACAGCCGAUCCUACUGGUGUAUUAGAAAAUGAUCAAGUCUGUGUUAUCCUUGAUCAUGGCCAAAUUUCCGGGAAGGUAUUAGUUUACCGAAAUCCUGGAUUGCAUUUCGGAGAUGUUCAUGUCAUGGAGGCUGUGUUUGUAAAGGAAUUGGAAGAGUAUGUUGGCAAUGCAAAAUAUGGAAUUUUUUUUUCAACCAAAGGCUGCCGCUCUGCAGCUUAUGAAAUUGCAACUGGCGAUUUUGAUGGAGAUUUGUAUUGGGUUUCAAGACACCCUGAGCUACUGAAAUAUUAUGAAGCAAGUGAACCAUGGACCCGCACAUAUAAGACAAAAGGUUCUACAGGGAAAAAUCCUCAAGAGUUUUCAGAUCUGGAGUUAGAAACUCAACUUAUUCAACAUUUUCUGAAUUCAAUGAAACCAAGCUUCAGCAUGGCAGCAGCGUCAUCCAGCUGGCUCUCUUUUAUGGAUCGGCUGUUGUCGUUACGCCAAGAUUGUAGCUCUGAAAAAGAAUCUUUGAAGAAAAAAAUGAAGCAACUGAUUGACAUCUACUAUGACGCACUUGAUGCACCUAAAAGCGGGAAAGAGGUAACAGUUCCCAACUGGUUGACAGCAGAAUUGUAUCCCCAUCACAUGGAAAGAGGACCAGAAAACAGCUACUCAUCCUCUUCCAUACUUGGAAUAAUAUAUGACAAAGUGGUAGCCUUCAAGAACGAGCCUUUGGCGAAGAAAGAAAUAUGGAAAUUGCCGUGUUUUGCAGAUCCGGAUCCGGAUUCAUACAAAAUCUGGAGCAAACACCAUGCCAACUACUGCAGGGAAAUGAGUCAAGCCCUCAACAACAAAUCAAAGAAAGAUACUUCAAAUGAUUCUCCAAAUCAUGUGAUCCAAAAGUACAAGCAGCUGUUGUACGAAGCUCCUGAAUGGGAAGAAAGUCCAAAGGACUCUGAAAAGAUCGCCGUCGAAGCAGUUGCUAUAUACAAUGUGGCGUACGACUAUGCAAUGAAGAACGGUGUUGCAAAAUGUAGUUUUGCUUGGAAUGUAGCUGGUUCUACGCUCUGUCAAAUGUUUGCUUGCGAUAUGUUUGGACAAAAGGAAACGCCGAUUGCAAUUCUACCAUCGGUUCUUCGAGAAUUGGUGCGCCAAUAAUGGCUUGGGCAAACGAUGACAUAUGCAAUGCAGGUAACAAUAACUGUUCGUGUUUGUGUUCAUGCUUUUUGCUGUUUAAUCUGUGUGUUGUUAAGCUUAGUUGUAGAAUAUGUCCUGUGAAGAUAUGAUGCUUAGGUCUCCUGAGCCCUGCGCCCUGUUGUGUUAUGUUAGUGUUUCUGGUAAUAAAAAUCUAGAAAUGUCGAACAUUAUGUGGAGAUUUAGAAAUUGUUCGAUGUUGUGAUAUUUUGAUUGGGAUUUUCUUUAUGUUGUUGAGCAUAUAUAUAUUUUUUAUGCUCCUUC